GUUCGAACCGUCGAGCGAUGCUGCAUUCGACCAUUCGACGCAGAUGCACCGCCACGCAGUCGCCUGGAGCUUGCUUUUUGCGGUCGCUGUCGACGCCGCCGUGACCAUCUGGGGCGUCCUCGGCAACCGCCUCCCGCGCACGGUCACGCAGCGCACGUUCACGACCGACUGCGGCAAUGUCAACUUCACCUACCCGUCGACGUGGGCGCCGCUCUUGUCGCCGACCUGCAUUUGGCAUCCGCUCGGCCGCGUCUCGCGCGCCGCGAUGGAGAAGCGGCGCAACGGCAUGAACUCGACGGUCGCGGGCCUCAUGACGAUCAUGAACGGCCUCGAUGUCAAUUUUUCAGACAACAACCGCGUCGACCACAUCGAGAGCCUCCCAAGCACCGUCGCCACCAUUGUGCUGGACGACCUCGGGAUUCAAACGCUGAACCCGAGUCUCGCGUUGGACUUUGCCGGCGACGUCAUCUCGGCCACGACCUUGCAAAUGGGCAACAACUCGAUUCGCUCCAUCGACAACAUUGCGUUUCCACCGACGCUCAAAACACUGAGCCUCCAGAACAACUCGAUUUCGAAACUGGGCAAAGUCAACGCCAAGAACCUCGCGGCCCUCGUCUUGGACCGCAACCAGAUCCGCACUCUCGAUGGCACCGACAGCCUACCAUGGAACCUCGAGGGCCUCUUUAUGUCCGACAACAAGCUCGAGACACUCCGCGAUAUCGCAUUUCCACACAUGUUGGUGACCAUUGACGUUGGCGGCAACCGCAUUUCGCGCAUCGAUGACGUCACGUGGCCGCCCCUCCUCUUACACCUGAAUCUGUCAUCGAAUGGCCUCUUGAGCCUUGACAACGUCACAUUUCCGUCGUCGCUUGGCUACUUGGAGCUCGUGGACAAUGGCAUCACAGAGAUUCGCGCCAACUUUCCCGCCGCGCUCCAAACACUCUGUCUGGCGCGCAACAACAUUAGCGCGUUCUACGCCAAUGCGUCGCAGUUCCAGCUGCUAUCGAAUCUCGCCAACAACUCGACCGCCCUCUCGUACAUCAACCACGUCGACGGUGCGGGACGCUUCACCGGCGCCGGUCCUUGCGACAUCUUUCUGAGCACGACGACGACCAACGUCUCGUGCGUCGGCCACGUGCGCACCGAGCUGCUCUGGAAUACGUUUCCGAUUUGUAUACUCCCCGACACGAGGUAUCCGCUGCCGCCGCUGUCCCCUGUAGGCGGCGACGCCACGAGCCUCAUCAGCAUCAUCGCGGGUCUCCUCUUUGCGUUGCUACUGCUCGUGGCGCUUGGCGUGUUCUACAAGCGGCGCCAAACCCGGACCUCGAAGUGGCUCUUCAGCACGACCGACCGCAGCAGCGACCUCGAAGCUGCGAUUCUCGAUCGCGCGGCCGCAGUUGCCAACGACGUGCGCUUUGACGCGCGGUUUCACGGCGCCAUCAUCCCCGCGCAGUCCAUUCUGCACAAGGCGGUGGUCGCCAAGGGCGGGUACGGCGUCGUGUACGUCGCCACCUUGGUGCUGCGCGGGCGUGAGACCAAGGUCGCAAUGAAGCGGCUCCGGCCCGAGCGCGCCGACGACACGGCCGCCGUCGAAGCCUUUAUGGACGAGAUCCGGCUCAUGAGCCAGCUCGAGCACCCCAACGUGGUCGGUUUUCUCGGUGUCACGUGGACGCAUCUGCAUAACAUUGCGCUGUUGACCGAGUACAUGGAGCACGGCGACCUCUGGGGCCUCCUCCAGUCGCGGCCGCAACUGGCGUGGACGGCCGCGGACGCCAAGCGCGCCAACGUCGCGUGUGACGUGACCAAAGCGUCGCUGCUGCUCGACGUCGUCAAGGGCCUUCGGUACCUCCACGCGUGCGACCCCACGGUCGUCCACCGCGACCUCAAGGCCAAGAACGUGCUCAUUGGCUCGGAUUUUGUCGCCAAGCUCGGCGACUUUGGCUCGAGUCGGCUCUACGACGAGGACGACAACACGAUGACGUCGGAGAUCGGCACCAUCCCGUGGAUCGCCCCCGAAGUGCUCAAGGGCGUGCGCUACAGCGAGAAGGCCGACAUGUACUCGCUCGGCGUCCUGCUCUCGGAGCUCGAUACGCACAAGAUCCCGUACGCCGACUUUUCCUUGCUGUUGCCCGACGCCGGUGGCAACGUGCAAAUGACCAAAGCGCGCAUCGCGAUGCUGGUGGUCGCCGGCGACUUGCGCCCAACCUUCUCGCCGUCGUGUCCGCCGUCGCUGCUAGCGAUCGCGACCAAGUGCUUGGCCUACGAUCAAAAUGCGCGGCCGACCGCCAGCCAAGUGCAUACAUGGCUCCACCACCUCCACGCCUAAGUCGUAUAUUCAAGUUGUCAUGUCGCAUGUAGACCCAACGACGAUGUUGAUCAUGUCGUAUCGAUACACUGGACAACAUUGUCUGGUGGCGUGUAAAAAGAGUGGUUUUGUAUUGCAA